AUGGUGUUCUGUGACUGCUGGCUGUGUCAUGUGUGUGUUUCCCCACAGAGCUCCGCCCCUCUCCUCGACACCAGCGCCCAGAGGUCCAGGGCGGAUCUGGGGAAGAGGAGGACCCGAACGCGUCCGCCCCGCUCGCUCCGUGGAGGCGUGGCUCUGGUGGAGCGCUGGGAGGGGAGCGGCUCCACAGAAGGAAAGGAGGCGUCCUGGAAGCAGAGAGAGAGCGACUCCGAGGAGGAGCCCCAACCCAAGAUGGUCUGUUCUCCUCCUGCCAUGUUCCCCGGGCUGAGCCCUGCAGCCCUCAUCGCUCAAAUAAAAAGGAAAAGCAGUGGAGGAGGAACCGGACGAGGAGACAAGGCAGCAGAAGACAGGAGACGAGGAGAGAGGAGACAGAAAGAGGAAGCAACACAACUGCCCCGAUCUCCUCGCCCCGCUCACCUGGCCGGGGCCGCACGAGUGCUGCCCCCCUUAGCCGUCCAGGACGGGGGAGGGGCCGUGUCCUCUCCCGCCUGGCUGAAGGAACUGAAGUCCAGGAAGCGCCUCAGUCAGUACGACACUGAGGGAUGAGGAGACUCAGUCCAUCUCGCGUCGCCAUGACGGCUCCAUUGUCAUCGUGGAGGGCCUUUGAGGGUCUUUGAGGGCCUUCCUUUGGCCCUUCCUGUGAUCAGCAGGAGGAUGGAUACGUCGAGGCCAUGAAGAACUGUUCCUGCUGAGAGAGAAAGACGUGAUGUGUUUGUGUUGGAGGCUCAGUGGGGGGGGGAGGCCUUCUGGUGGUCUGACCGGGUCCAGCAGGACAUCUGCCUUCAACAUGUGCUCAUACAAUACUGACUCUGAAUAAUGGACUGCACCGUGUGUGUAUUUUAGUUUAAUUUGUACAAAAUGCCUUUUACAUCCUCUUUCCUGUCGCAGAUUGUCUCAAGUAAACUCUAAAGCACUUUAAGAAAUAAACAACAAAUUCCCGUCGGCCGUCAGUAAUCAGCUGGUGUGUCACACGGUCACGGGAACGUUUCCACGAGCUACACCAUGUCGCUCUUCUCUUUCCAGGUCCACAAAACUUAAAGAUGCACUUCUUGGUUUUUAUGAAAAUAGGGAACUUUGACCAGAACGGGGCCGUGUGUUUUGAUCAACCUGACCCCUGACUGCUUUAGAGUCACGUGUGCCUUUGUGAUGCUGCUGCUCAUCUAGAGCAACACACUGUGUAAUACCAGGAAAUUGAGGGAAUUGUAUUAAACCUUUUCUAUGAAAUGCAA